AUGAAAGGCUGGGUACUGCCACUAAGGCCACAGUCAGGAGCCUGCAGUCAGGAGCACCACAGUCAGGGGCCACCACAGUCAGGAGCCACCACAGUCAGGAGCCACCACAGUCAGGGCCACCACAGUCAGGGCCACCACAGUCAGGAGCCACCACAGUCAGGGCCACCACGGUCAGGAGCCACCACAGUCAGGAGCCACCACGGUCAGGGCCACCACGGUCAGGAGCCCCACAGUCAGGGAGCCACCAGGCCAGGAGCCACCACAGUCAGGGCCACAGUCAGGAGCCACCACGGUCAGGAGCCACCACAGUCAGGCCACCACGGUCAGGGCGACCACAGUCAGGAGCCACCAAGUCAAGCCACCACAGUCAGGAGCCGCCACAGUCAGGAGCCUACAGUCAGGGCCACCACAGGUCAAGCCACCUGGUCAGGAGCCACCACAGUCAGGGCCACCACGGUCAGGGCCAACAGCCAGGAGCUACCACAGUCAGGGCCACCACGGUCAGGAGCCACCACAGUCAGGAGACCACAGUCAGGGCCACCACAGUCAGGAGCCACCACGUCAGGAGCCACCACAGUCAGGGCCACCACAGUCAGGGCCACCACAGUCAGGGCCACCACAGUCAGGAGCCACCACAGUCAGGGCCACACAGCCAGGGCCACCACAGCCAGGGCCACCUCCCAGGAGCCACCACAGCCAGGGCCACCACAGCCAGGGAGCCACCACAGCCCAGGAGUCACCAGGUAG